AUGGCGAGCAGUAGCAAGGAACAAAAGGCAACUGGAGCUCUAGAAAAAUUGCAGAUCGUGAAUACGGGGAUGGGAGACCCUCUGAGUCUUCAAACAUCUGACCAUCCAGGUAUGAGCCUAGUCUCUGCACUUCUUGUAGGAUCUAAUUUCAGAUCUUGGAGUAGGACCGUUAGAAUAGCCCUAGGAGUCAAGAUGAAAUUGGGAUUUGUCGAAGGCACUACUUCGAUACCUAGUAAAGACACUGAGGGAUAUGAACAGUGGAAAAGGUGUGAUUUCAUGGUCACAUCUUGGAUUCUCAACUCCAUCUCUAAGGAAUUAGUUGAUGGGUUUAUAUAUACUGCCUCUGCCAGAGAUCUCUGGCAAGAGAUCUGCGAGAGAUUUGGAGAGUGCAAUGGUCCUAUGAUUUAUGAGUUGCACAGGAAAAUAUCUCUUAUCUCCCAAGAAAAUCAGUCUGUGUCAGUCUACUUCACUAAGCUGAAGAGGCUGUGGGAUGAGCUUAGGUCAGUAGAACCUCUUCCAACAUGUACCUGUGGAGCCUCUAGGGCCAUAGCUGAAAUAACGAACAGGAAUAGGCUCAUGCAAUUCCUAAUGGGUUUAAAUAAGGCUUUCGCGUCUGUGAGAGAUCAGGUAUUGGGGAUGGACCAUUUACCAACUGUAAACAAGGCUUACUCAAUGGUUGUAAAAUUUGAGUCUCAAAGGGAGAUUCUGGGGGCAAUGAAUGACAACUCAGAAUCUCUUGCCCUAUUAAAUAAGGCUCAAGCUCAGAGUCUGUCCAGACCAAGAAGGUCUAAGGUCAAGAAGGGUCACUGCACCUUCUGCAAUAUGGAUGGCCACACUCGGGAAGGGUAUUUUAGACUGAUUGGGUAUCCUGAUUGGUUCAAGGCUAAGAACAAGAUAAGAACCCAAUCUUUCAAAGGUAAUAGAAGCACCAAAGUUAUGGCUGUUGUUGAAGGGAACAAAUCAGAAGAGGAUAAUCCUCUGGAAUAUCUAGACCCAUUAAGUAAAAUACAUGAAUUGACAUCCAUGUUGAGCUCUUUAAAACAAGAAGUCUCUCAGCUUGUCAAGGGUAAAGGGACUUUUGCCCCAAGCACAUCUCAUGGACCUGAGGCACAUUUCAUAGACUUUGCAGAUGGGAAAACUCAGGUUACUCAAUCUAGAAAGCUAAAUCUCUUUGGCAAAUUGAUUCUAGAUGAUGUUCUUUAUAUUCCACAUUUUCAAUAUAAUUUGAUUUCUGUUGGUCAAUUAAUGAGUAGCCAUGGCUACUAUAUAGUAAUGUGGAAGGAUUAUUGCCUUAUACAGGACCCACUGAAUAAGAAGGUGGUGGCCAUAGGCAAGAAACAGAGAGGCCUCUUCAGGCUGAACCAAAUGAGCUUUUCUCAUUCUGAUGUAAGAAAUUGUUUGUUUGAAAUCAUGAACUCUAAUGCUGAUCUUCACAGCUUUGUAAAUAGCACUCCCUUCCAAAUGGAUUUGAAUAAAGAACAUUCCAUGCAACUUGAACAGACACAUAAGCAUGUAGUGAACAUGAAUGAUAUGCACGAUAGAUUAGGGCAUGCAUCAGUAGAAAAUCAGUUUAAUACCACCAUCAAAGUCAUUAGAAGCGACAAUGGAAAGGAGUUUCUAAGCCAUAAUUAUGGUUCUCUGCUUAUGAGUAAAGGAAUUAAGCACUAA